AUGACCUCCGCGCCCGUGGCAACCGAAGACGCGCUCUCAUCAAUGCAAAAUCGACAUGUCGCAGUCGUCGACAUCGUCGACGCGAUCGGCGAGAGUGUGCAGGAGGCGCUCCGCCGCGUCGUGCUGGCCUACGGUCGCGACUGCGCCGUCGACUGCAAACAGUCGUCCGACGUGGAGAGUCGAUUGGCCGCCGCCCAAGCUGCCAAGGCGGCUGCGGACGAGAAGGUGUCGCUUCAGUCGCUCUUGAUCAAGAAGCUCAAGCAGGAGCUCGUGCGCGAACGUACCGUAGCGUUUGAGCUCCAAAAGGAUCGCGUUGCACCGCCCACACCAGCAGUGACGGCUGGACCCAAAGACGAGCCGGGCCGCCCGAGCCCGUUUGAGACCAAGCCGCCCACCGCGCCGGGCCUUCUCGGUUUUCGCUUCUACUCGGCCACGCCCGUCACGGACGACGACGACGAUGCAGAGCAGGAUCCGACGGCGUCGCCGUCACCGCUCUCGACGUCGUUGCGCAACAGCAACAUGGGUCAGUUCCUUCCGUCCUCGCUCUUGGACUCGCCGUGCGUCAUGCCAGCGACCGCCGCGACGAUGAGUUCGGCGCUUCUCACCAAGUUGCCGACGGCCGACGCGUUUUCUCUCGAUGGCGCCACGCCCGACGCCGAGGCGAAGGACCGGUCGAGCUUGAGCAGCCGGCGCACGACGAGCAACAGCUCCAACGACGACUCGGUGGACAGCGACGACAGUUGCGCGGCGAGCAGCAGUACUCUUGGUAUGUUACGAGAUUUUGACGGCGUCAGCCUCGACGACCUCCAGGACGCCUUGCGCGCGAGCAACGGUGACGUCUCCAAGACCAUGGAUCACCUUUUGAAGCACCACGCGUCGCUGAGACCCAGUGUUGCGCCGCUGCCAGUGGCCAAGCCCGAGUUCCGCGCCGCGAGCAGCAACUGGAAGACCGAGAUGUGCAUGUAUUACCUCCAAGGCAAGUGCAACAAGACGCGGCGGACGUGUUCCUUUGCGCACGGCGAGUCGGACCUCGUCCGUACCACCACCACCACCAACAACGUCAACGUCGCGCCGGUCAACGCCAAAGUGCCGGUCUCGACCACGCCUGGCUACAAGACGCGCCUUUGCCCUAUGUACCUCGAGGGCCAGUGCCCCAAGGCUCGGCGCGAGUGCCUCCUCGCGCACGGCGAGAGCGACGUGGUGUUCCGCGAGCCGCCACCGCCGAGCGUCAACGUCGCGCCGGUGCCGCUGCCCAACCCCGCGCCGCGCCUCCAAAACUACAAGACGGAGCUCUGCUACUACUUUCUAAAAGGCUGCUGCAACUACUCGACGGACGAGUGCAGGUUCGCGCACGGCGAAGCCGACCUCCGCACGGUCGAGAGCAACACGAUCGAAUGGGGCGCGAUGGACAUGAUGAUGCAAGGGAGCACGCUCGAGUACCAGCUGCAGUACCAGCAGCAAGCACCGCACCACCACCACAUGCACCCGACGCCGCCACCGCCGUCCACGUACCGCUACAUGGUCAAGGACGAGAUGGCCAAGCGGCGCGUGACGCUGCCAGCGCGUCGCGACAGCCUCAACCACCUCCCGACGCCGCCGCCGCAGUGGUCGGCGCCCGCGUACGACUACUGACGCGACCCCACCACCCUCCAACCUGUCUGCCAACUCUAAAACGACUAUAGAUAAUAUAAAUAUAUAUACAAUAUAAACACAUGCAGCACGAAC